GGCGUGCUGGCCGGUGUGCCGUUUGUCGAUGCCGUAUUUGAGCAGCUACAAUGCAGUGUGCCGGGGACGCCCGCUGGCCGUGUCAAGGUUGCCGUGGCGAGUGUUUCGGGCCCCGCACGCUACCUCCUACUGGGCGAGCGCGUAGCACUCAACACACUCGCGCGCUGCUCGGGCAUUGCUACAGCGUACGUGGUGCAUGCUGACCGCAGCUCGCGCAUACUCCUUGAGGCAGCACGUGGCACUGGCUUCCAGGGCAUCGUAGCGGGCACGCGCAAGACGACGCCAGGCUUCAGGCUCGUGGAAAAGUACGGGAUGAUUGUCGGUGGCGUCGAUGCGCACCGCUACGACCUGAGCAGCAUGGUCAUGCUCAAGGACAACCAUGUGUGGAGCACCGGAUCGAUUCGCGAGGCUGUGGCGCAGGCGCGCCGCGUCGCUGGCUUUUCUGUGCGCAUUGACGUGGAAGUGCAGUCGGAGGCCGAGGCCGAGGAAGCGAUCCGCGCGGGCGCCGACGUUGUCAUGCUCGACAACCUCGUCGGCAACGAGCUCGUGGCCUGUGCGCGGUCGCUGAAGGCGCGCCUGAGCAAAGAGUUCCGCUUUUUGCUCGAGAGCAGCGGCGGCAUUACGUUGGCUAACGUUCAGACGGACCAGCAUUCGACGCACCACAUCGACUUUAGUCUGAAGAUCGACCACUAG